UCUUUUCUGAUCAGUCCAUCUGGACACUUCAUCGAGGCACGAAAAAGGUAACAAAUACAUAUACACACAAAGACAAUGGUAUAUAGUUUUUUGUUUUUAGGAGGAUGGUUCAGAAGUAUCGAUUUUUGUAUUUGAUGGUACAAAAAAUAAAGACAAAGUAACUCUGGCAAGGAACGCGUUUAAACGACUUCGAACGAUGCGACAUCCAGAUAUCUUGAGAUAUCUAGAUGGUGUUGAAACCGAACAAAGUGUGAUGUUUGUGACAGACCCUGUUGAGCCAUUGUCCAAUCAACUCAACCAAGAUCCUGAUAAAAACCUAAUGUUAUGGGGUCUUUAUAAAAUAGCUAAUGCUAUCAAAUUCUUAAACCAUGAUUGUAGUAUGGUUCAUGGCAACAUCAGAGUGUCUUCUGUGUUUACCAACAAGGCAGGUGAAUGGAAACUGGGUGGAUUUGAACUCCUGUGUUCCAUGAAAGAAGAAAGUCCUAUUGUCUUGACAUUUGGGGGUGUAGUACCUGAUGCACAACGCUAUGCUUCUCCUGAAAUCAAACAAUCCGGCUGGACAGCCAUUAAAGAUCUACCUUCAGGUGCACUGGAUUCAUAUCAUUUAGGUUGUCUCAUCUAUGAAACCUACAAUCAUCGGUUUGAAACAACAGAGGCACUCUUGUCACAAAAGGGCAGUAUUCCUGUCUCUAUGCAACGUAUCUAUACUCGCUUAUUAAACCCAUCACCUCGAUCCAGGGCCAGUGCUGAUCUGUUCUUACAAGAAGGAUUAAGGCCCAAAGGAUACUUUGCCAAUGAUUUUGUCAAUGUCAAUUUGUUUUUAGAAAACAUCAGUAUCAAAGAACAAGCUGAAAAGGAGCAGUUCUUCAAGACACUGGAUACCCACAUCGAGACAUUUCCCAGCACAUUUUCCAAGCACAAGAUUUUACCUGAACUCAUGAAGGCUUUUGAAUUUGGUUCUGGAGGUGCCAAGGCAUUAAGUGCCAUUGUGAAAGUAGGCGAUCAUUUAUCAGAUGAAGAAUAUCAGACGAUUGUGAUGGCACCUAUUGUUCGCAUGUUUGCUUCACCUGAUCGUGCUAUUCGAGUUAGUUUGUUGGAGAAUAUGCCCAAGUUUAUUCAGCAUAUGAAUAACAAGAUAGUCACUACACAGAUCUUUCCUCAUAUUGCAACUGGUUUUACAGACACCAUUCCAGUAAUUCGAGAACAAACGAUCAAAUCUAUCUUGCUGAUUGUGCCUAAACUCAAUGAGCGUAUUAUUAACUAUGACUUGUUGAAGCAUUUAGCUAAAUUACAAAUGGAUCCAGAGCCUGGUAUUCGAACCAAUACCACGAUUUGCUUAGGUAAGAUCGCCAAACAUUUAAGUGAUAGUACGCGAAAAAAAGUCUUGGUCCCUGCAUUCACAAGAAGUUUAAGGGAUGGGUUUUAUCAUGCUAGAGUAGCAGCUUUGAUGGCUUUACAUGCUACUGCUGAAUACUAUGAUGCACAAGAAUGUGCUACUCGUAUUGUACCUGCUAUUUCCUUGACCUUGGUGGAUAAAGAAAAGUACAUAUAUAUAUAUAUAAAGAGAAUGUCAUUGCAUGAUAUUCAACUGAUGUAUUUUUUGCUUAGACCGGUCCGUGAUCAAGCGUUUCGAGUCAUGCAAUCCUUUAUUCAACGCAUUCAAGAAUUUGCAGAGAAAAUGCCAGAGACGGCUCUUGUGGAAUCUUUAGGAACUGAAGAAGUGAUUGUGUCUAACAAUGGUGGUAUGGCAGGUGUCUUGGGUGGUGCUACGAAGGGCCUUGCUGGAUGGGCAGUUUCUUCCAUUCAGUCGAGGUUUGCUUCUCCAAGUGGAGAAAUAGGCCAAUCAUCUGCACUAGCUGUAGAAAAACCUACUGUUGUCUCUCCUCAAUUAGGUAUGCAAACAAUAGAACCAGAUGAACAAGAAACCAGUGCGUGGGAAGACAAUACGUCUUUUGAUUUUAAUCAGAUAACUGAAAACAGUGGAUGGGAUGAUUUUGAACCUAUCAUGGAACAAACAACGCCAAAUGCAUCCAUCGCUUCAUUUGGUUCGAUGGGAAAUACCAAAGCACCCAGUUCGAUGAAACUCAGUCAUAAACCCAAACCCAUUGACCUGGAUGCAGAGAGCCCCAAUGUAACACAGAGUGUGAUAGAACCAACACCUGUGAAUAAAGAAGACAGAAAAGCCGAGCUUGAACGAAGAAGAGAGGAAAGACGACAGCGUAUGGCUGAAUUACGCGAAAAGAAGAAAGGUGGUAUUGGUGCCAAAAAGAUUGAAAACAUUGGUCUAUAAAUGGUAAUGAAUCAAUAAACAUAUGUAUAAAAGAGUAGACCUUUU